GCCGGUUUAUACCCUCCUGGCUGCAAACCGUCCAAUAGGCACGGUGUCGCUUAACACCCUGGAUUAGGAGGUGGCAGUUCUUGGUCACUGUUCUCCAGCGGCCUAAAUCUGGAGGUAAGGUAGCGCGGAGGCUGCCGCAUCCGCGUUACCUCAGACCAGAAGAGGACCGGUUGGUGAUUCAGCUAAGCCCCCGCACCAACGGCAAGGUUCCUGCCCUCGCGAGGUAACAAGAGGUAGUAAAGGAGAUCGCAGCCAAUGCAAAUUGUGCAUAGAAACAGGUGAUGAAGUGGUGCAGUGUGAUAAGUGCCAGAAAACUUUGCAUGCUCAGUGUUCGGAUCUGGAUAAACGCCAGCUAGUCGAUCUGAAGGGCAAUCCCAACCAGGUCUUUGUCUGUCAUUUCUGUGAAAACCAGCAACAUACUUCGAUCUCACUAGGAUUAAAUGAAAUAAAGCAGAAAUUAAAUCAACUUGAUGACAUAAGUAAAUCAAUGCAAUUCAUGUCGUCCCAAUAUGACACCAUUUUAUGUGGAGUGAAUGAAAAUAAAAAGAGAAUUGAAGCCAUUCAGCGGGAGAAUCGAAGUUUGCGUGAAGAAGUGUCAGACCUCAAAUCGUCGCUAAAGCUCUUAAACGAUGGAAGAGUGCAAAAUGAUUGUGUGUUUCGUGGUAUUAGUCUUUGUGACGGCAGAAAAACGGCUAAAGAAGCAACAAUGUACAUUUGUAAUAAAAUUGGCGCAAAUAUUGAUCCAAGUAAUAUCAUCCAAACUUUUUUCGUGGGUAGCAAGCAUGCUAAGUCAAAAACAAUAACUGUAAGAUUUGCCAAUAAAAUAAACAAGGUUCAAUUCAUGUCAGCCAAAUCCAAAUUGAGAGAAAUCACAGAAAUGAAAAAUGUGUUUAUCCAUGACUGUUUAAGCAAAGAGACAAUGAAACUGUUUAAUCAUGCAAAGUCUCUUAAGGCGGUGGGUUUCAAAUUUGUUCUUGCUAAGGGAAAUCAUAUUGUGGUGAAGAAAAACGAACAGGCGCCUACAAUAACAGUAAAAACCAUGGGAGAUGUUGAUAAGUUGUUAUUAGCUUCUUCGACGACAACAACAAAUAUGACAACUUCUGCUUUUGCUGCUGACGGUGACGACGCUGUUUCCUGAGACGAGCUCACUUGUUAUGCCCAGUGACAGCAGUGCUGCCAGAAAUUAA